AUGAAUUUUAAAUAUUUGAUAGCCUCGGUUUUAAUCCUCACAAUUGUUACCUUAUCAACAAUCGCCGCCCCUAUUAAACCUAUUGAAAAGAGAUUUAUUGAAGAGAACACUAUUUAUGUUAACGAACUCUAUGUGGGUGGUCGUUGGAAAAUUUCAUACGAGGAAGAUGAAGCACUAGUUUUUCGUGAUCUUCGAGGCUCAGGUGAUAAAAGAUUUGCUAUGUAUAACGAUAGAUAUGUUGACAUUAGUUAA